UCUCCAUUUGACACAGGCAUUAUGAAGCAAGAGGAGUGUUUCUCCCUUUCCCUCCUUUUGCUUCUUUGUGCCACAUGGAGCGCAAAUGGAGGGAACAUUUUGGUGUGGUACACCGAAGGCAGCCACUGGAUUAACAUGAAGCCUGUGCUGGAGACACUGAUCAACAGGGGACACAGGGUGACGGUUCUUGUGCCGAGUUCUUCAAUGUUCAUGAACUCUAGUGAGCCUUCACGCUUUGGCUAUGAACCUUUCAAUGUCUCUGCCUCGCUGGAAGAAAUGGUGGCAUUUUUUGAAGAAUACCUUCACUUUUCAAUGUAUGAGAUUGACCAUUUGAGCUACCUGCAGACUUACAUCAAAUACAUGGAUAUAAUGAGGACCGACUUGCAGUUUUCUCUUAAGAGCUUGGACGGAGUGCUGAAAUCAGAAACUGUCAUGGCAAAGCUGAGGGAGGCAAAAUAUGACCUUCUCUUUUCUGACCCAAUCUAUCCAGGUAGUGACUUACUGGCAGAUUUACUGGACAUCCCAUUGGUGUUCUCCCUGCGCUUUUCUCUAGCCCAUAACUGGGAGAGAUAUUGUGCUCAAUUACCAGCACCACCUUCAUUUGUCCCGGGCACAAUGAGCAAACUGACUGACGAGAUGGACUUCCCAGAGAGGGUGUGGAACUUCCUUUUCUAUGCACUGCAAGACCUUGCCAUAUACGAUGUUUAUUGGAAAGAACUCAAUAAAUAUUACUCUGACUACAAAGGAACACCGACAAGUGCUUGUGAGAUGAUGGGAAGAGCAGAUCUCUGGUUAAUACGAACCUACUGGGAUUUUGAGUUCCCUCGGCCUUUCCUCCCAAACUUCAAAUUUGUUGGUGGAAUCCACUGCAGACCUGCUAAACCUUUACCAGAGGAUAUGGAAGAGUUUGUACAAAGUUCUGGCGAUGCUGGAAUUGUGAUCUUUACUUUAGGAUCGUUUAUUCAGAACAUCACAGAAGAGAGAGGAAAUAUGAUAGCCUCAGCCCUCGCUCAGAUCCCACAAAAGGUGCUGUGGAGAUACGGUGGGAAAAAACCAACCAAACUCGGUGCCAACACCAGGCUAUAUGACUGGAUUCCCCAGAAUGACCUAUUGGGUCACCCUAAGGCCAGAGCUUUCAUCACCCAUGGUGGCACAAAUGGGAUUUAUGAGGCCAUCUACCAUGGAGUUCCCAUGGUGGGCUUGCCCAUGUUUGCUGACCAGCCUGAUAACCUGGUCCACGUUGAGGCUAAGGGAGCAGCAAUUGUCUUAAACUUGAACUUCAUAAAGACAGAGGACCUUAGGGAUGCAGUCAACGCUGUCAUAAACAAGAAAUCGUACAAGGAGAAUGCCAUGCGGCUGUCCAGCAUUCACCAUGACAGACCAAUGAAGCCUCUAGAUGAAGCUGUUUUCUGGAUUGAAUACACCAUGAGAAACAAAGGGGCCAAGCACCUCAGGGUGCAGGCCCAUGAGCUCACCUGGUAUCAGUAUCACAGCCUGGAUGUCCUGGCAUUUCUCCUCUCCAUUGUGCUGCUCAUGAUUUUCAUCCUCAUUAAGACAUGCAAAUUCUGCUUCAGGAGGUGCUGUGGUAGAAGGAGAAAUGUAAAGAAAAAAGCUGAGUAAAAGACUUGUAGAAGAACUAGAAAUAUUGAAACAAAUCAUCUAAUAUUUGGUGAAGUAGGGUGUGCUUAUUUAGAACUGUAUGAUUUGUUUGAGCAACGUUCCUAAAGAUACACUUUCUUUAAUCUGUACAUUCAGUUAAAGAGUGAAAGCCAUUUUUACACAAGUACAAACACACUUUGUAACUCCUCCUCCUUGUCAGAGCUUUUUAUAGCCUGCAGUAAUUACUCCAAUCAGUGACAGGUGCACACUGAUUUGCACCUGCACCAAAUUUGAUAUUAAAAGCUGAAUGCUGAUUGGCUGGUAUAGGCUGAAGAGAAAAAAAAAACAAGAAUACUUUCAUUGCCUUUAUUUGAAUUAUGCUGAUAACAGGACACCCUUUCAUGGUCUUGGUACAGUGAUACCACAUAUUUUAUGACAUAUGGGCUACAAAUAAAAAUAUAACAAAGAAAUUCAAAAUGGUCAUUAAUCAGUGAUUAAACUAAAAAUGAAAAGCCCUCCUAUGUAACAGAACUUCACAAAAAAAUAAAUGUGGCUAUAAAAAUUUC